UCAUCGAUCGAUUACUUGUCAAACAAAGUGUCAAAAAUUGUGUGUUUAUCAAUGUGUGUUAAAACAAAUCCUGUAAUUAAUGUAAAAUGUCGUGUCAGAUUAAUGUGACGGCUAACAUAGCUGAUGUUGCCGCAAUCAGGAGAUGUCUUUUCCCUACCGACGACUCAAGAGGGUCUGAUAGUUGGUUACAGCUGUGUGAAUUAUCCGUGUCACCAACAGGUGAUAUAAUAGCAAUAGCAAAUGAGCGAAGACUUGUGAUUUUAACCGCUAAAUGGGACACCACCUCUUCGAUUAGUCAAUUUCAAAUAAGUUACUCUGGUUCGAUACACGAAAGUGAUAAUAUAAGGGCUGUGGCAUGUUUACCUAUUGUUGGUCAGAGUAAAAGCUCUCAUGUUGGGACAGAUUGGACUUGUGUUGUGCUUGGUUUUGAGUCAGGUUUUCUACGCUUUUACACUGAAAGUUGUGAGUUACUAUUAGAAGAACAGCUCCACAAUGAAGUUAUCGGAACCAUCAAGUGCCGCAGUCAACAUAAUCCACGACCCGACAUCGCCCCAGACUUACACCCAGAAGAACUCUAUGUUCAGUAUCAAAGUACCGUUUGUGUCGUAGCAGGCAACCAGUUAUUUCCAGUGUUACGAGUUUGUAGAAGUGAAUUAGCUAGAGUACAAGCCAAAGGGGAUACUCUAGAACCAUCCCAUGGUAACUUAACCCCCAAAAAAUGGGGCUUCCAAGACCAGGCCACCAUUAAUGACAUUGCGGUGGUAGGUGUCAAUCUGCAUGGAACUUUUGAUCAUUUACUAACAGCUUCCACAUGUGGCGGUUUUGAGACAAGGUAUCGCUCUUCUGCCCCUUAUAAUAAUCUUGUCUUAGCCACGGGCUCCCGCCCCUUUGUUGGUUAUCACUACGCUCUUGAAGGCUGUCCUCAACCUGUCUUCAGUGAUGUUGCAAAAGCUGUCGCAACAAAAUUAAAAUCAGCUUUACCGGGUUGGCUUACCGGGGGCAAAACAGCAGCCGAGAAACCGAUGUCAGUAGCCAUGCAACCGUCAGAAACCAUGGGCUGUAGAUUUGGUUUAUGCGACCUACGCAGAACAGCAACGAAUAUCGUUCUCUCGCCCGACCAUAAACUAGCAGCAGUUUCCGACGCUCUGGGUCGCGUUUUAUUAAUGGACGCCUUCAGAGGCAUCACUUUACGAAUUUUCAAAGGCUACCGCGAAGCCCAGUGUUCCUUCAUACAAGUACCAGACGAAAGACAUUCAAAGCAUCGGAUAGGAAAUAAAGUAGCGUUGUUUUUAGUGAUUUAUUCGUCUAAAAAAGGUACUAUCGAGAUUUUCACCGUACAGCAGGGUCAAAAGGUUACCACGUUCUCGGCAUCUAGAUAUAGUAGGUUAGUUUACAAUAAUUACGGCUUAAUGGGGUUCACCACGACGUUGAAGUCGCGAUUUGUGUGUCAGUUUGAUACGGUACUGAUAGAUAACGACGGACAGAUCAAGGAGGUUUCGAUACCCUUCCAUUUUGCGCUAAGCGAAAAAAAUAAUAAACGGGCUCGUGAUAUACAUUUGUUUAAAAAACUGAAACAGUUUUUGAAACAUGGCGAAUGUGAUAAGGAAGCUUUAGAGGGGGAGAUUUUGAAAAUUUCCACUGAAAUAAAGACUGCGGAGUUGAAGUUGCAAACGUUGGAGUUGUUGCUAGGGGAUAAGAAUCUUCCCGCUGAGAUAAUUUUAAAAUGUGUUCAAUGCUUUAUAGAGGAUAAUACGGAGACGGAUGACAAUUUGAAAACCAUCUCGCAGAGUGUGAGUUCGUUGCUUAAUUUUUACCUAUUCACGAGAAAGGAAGAGUUAGAUGAGAAAAAUGGUAACUCGGGGGAGGUUUCAGGAGAAACGCAAAUACACUUAGAGACGAAGCAGUUGGGGAAUUUACAAAAACUUUUAGAUUUAAGUACAAUGAAAGACCAGAAGUUAGAACUUAAAGUAGGGUUUUUAGAAAGCGGAAUUUUGUCUCCCUCGGAAUUUUUAUCGGUGUUCAAUCUAAAUCAAACUGAAGUUAUCACUCUAAAGCAAAACGUAGACGAUAGUUUGUUAUUUAGAACGUCAGAACUGAUUUUUAAAACUUACGUCCAAAGCCCUAAAUUGCAAGGUUUGGAAGAAGAAAUCCAAAAUUGCAAAAUUCCAACUAGAGAUCUUUUCUUCUUAUUGAUUCACUAUUGGGUUAAUCGAUCUUUGAACAAUGUUAAUCUAGAAAAUGAAAUGAACAACUUGUACUCUUUGAUCGCUGUUUUGGUAAAAACUGCCAAAGUGGAAGAAAUUACGGCCGACUAUAGCUCCACUUCGACGUUUUGGGAGGGUAUUAGAGACAUUCUAGCCAAUUCUUCGAGACCGUUCCCUGCUCUAACCGCAGCCAUUUUGUGUAAACUGAUAUCAGAACAAAUCGAAGCUUCCAGUAGUGUGGACGACGAAAACAUCGAGAUUUUGUCACAAGAAAGCAUAGAAUGGACUCUACUGAUCGGAAAACUCGAGGAUGUCUCCCUUUUAAACAUAGUUUUAGCCAACAAACCCGUGGCAAAAUUCACCACCUUACCGAAGCUCAAACAUGACCAUAUUGACAUUAGUUUGAAGUAUAUUCUAGACAAAGGGAAAGGGUCGGUUAGUGAGUUAGUAGCUCGUUGGUUGACAAUGUGUGGAAUAAAUCCAGAAAACAUCGUCAUUAAUGACGCUCUACUCAAAAAACAACAAGACGACACUCCUAGUGUGUCGUCUGACGACAACGACGACGAUUUGCCCGAACAAGACAUAAUGCCCCAUAAAAUCGAAGAAGUGCAGUCGGAGCAAGUGUUCGAACUGUUAAAUUUGCUAAAAUCACAGUUCCCCUAUAGCUUGGAAGCUAGUGUUGUCUUGACGAACAUGUGUUGGGAGUAUGCUCUAGCUUGGCAAAAGAACAUCGAAGAUUUAGGCAACCUAGAGGCUUGCAUUAAAUGUUUAACACACAUCACCAGCUCACAUAUCAGAGAAGGUCUAUACAACCUCGUGUGGAACACCCACUUGAAGAUCAUCUUCGAAAGCGCCAGCAAACUUAUAAACAAAGUUGGCAAGUUGCCGAAAGAGAGACUUUGCAAGCAAGACACCGGUUUGUCCGACUACCAGGUUGCGAUUUUCUUAGGGAUCACUACAAAUUUUCUAGACACGUAUAUGGACGCAGUACAACAAAGUUACGGUAUUGUUAAGCCCGUUCUUCAGUUUGAGCAAGUUUGGGAAAACGGACCACAGCCUCUGGUAGAGUUAGCUCUUCAACAGAACGCAAUCAACUACGAUUUGCUGCAUCUACACUACCAGUUGAGUUUGACACUACAGAUGAUCACCGCGUUUUCGAUCAAACAUUCAAAACCUCUCAAUAACUUGUUCGAGUCGUAUAUGCUCAGCCUUUUUUUCAUCGAUUUUCAGACGAAGGCUCAAAUCAAUUGGAACUAUAGCGAUUUUAAAGUGCAAACUUCUCGAACACAGUUUUUGUUCAAAGUGAUAUCGGCAAGUCUGGAAAGUGUGACUGUCAAUGAUAAUAAGAUAUUUGCGGCUGAUCAUAUCAGGUGGAUGUCGAAGUGCGUAGAUCUUGGGAAACUGUGGAAUUUGGAGUUGGAUGUUUUGAGGAGGUAUGAACUUGUUCAGAUUUAUACGAACGGUUUUGAUAGUUUCGGCGACGAACUGUUUCGUUGUGUGGAACAAAAGAAUAAGUUAGGACCAGAAUUGUUGGCUAUUGCGGGUAAACGAUUGUCACAAUUUCUGACAACAUCGCCCAACUUGUGUCAGAAUGUUGUAGCUUUAAGUACUGCCGUCACACGAUACAUGGACCAGUUGAACGGUGAUUGGUGUGCCCCUAGUAGCUUAGAAGGUAUCGAAAAUUUAGCCAAUCGUAGUCUUUCGUGUCUAGACGAGAGUCAGUACGAAUACAAAAUAGCGGAAUUGUUACUAGACGGCUGUCAAACGUUACAGAGUAUUUACAAGAGCAAUUCAUAGUGAUUCAUACUUUCUGAUUUUACGUCGGUUACAUUGUUAAAAGAUCUAUUUAUAUACAGAUACGAUUGUGAUUUAUGAAUUAAACCAUUUGCAAGUA